GUCGUUGUCAAAGGAACGCUCUGAGCCUACGGACUUGGCUCGAAGCGCCUCCUCGGAAACCCGACGUCCGUACGCGUUCGAUUUCCGCCAAGCAGCGCGUUUGCGAAGUACUUCACCAGCACUAAAAACGGACUUGAUGGCCACGGGAAUUCAGGCGCCAAGCCUCGCGCCACCUCCUUUCAUGUCUGCAGUCCUCUCGCCCCCAAAACUGAACAUUCCUGCGAACGACCAGCUCUUCUUGCGCGCGAACCCAAUGAACUUUUUCCUAAAAGAGCAAG